GAUUGGCUGUCGGGUGGCGAGAGGUAGGCGCUGAUUCGUUGGCAGCGCUCACGGGACGCUGGCGGGGCUGUGACGUCGCGGUGCGGUGGAGAGGCUCGGCUUGUCAGAGUUCCUUGGGAAUUUUAAGAACAUUAUUUAAAAAAGAGAAGAAGUGAAGAAAAGGAACAGUCAGAAUAUUUGAACUCUGGAGAACAGGAUUAAGGAUACCUCCGUAGAACAUCAACACUUAAAAAGAUGUGGUGACUAGAAGAACCUCUAUUGUUGCCCAUAGUGCAUAUAGUGCCUUAUAAAGAUGGGGUUUGGAAGUGACCUGAAGUAUUCUCAUGAUGCUUUGUUAAAACUGCAAGAUUGGGAGUUACGACUACUAGAAACUGUGAAGAAAUUUAUGGCCAUUCGAGUAAAAAGUGACAAAGAAUAUGCAUCCACUUUACAAAAUCUUUGUAAUCAAGUUGAUAAAGAGAGUACUUCCCAACUGGAUUAUAUUAGCAAUGUGUCCAAGUCUUGGCUGCUUAUGGUACAGCAGACAGAGCAACUUAGUAGGAUAAUGAAGACACAUGCAGAAGAUCUUAACUCUGGGCCACUACAUAGACUUACAAUGAUGAUCAAAGACAAGCAACAAGUAAAGAAAAGUUACAUAGGUGUUCAUCAGCAAAUUGAGGCAGAGAUGUUCAAGGUCACAAAGACAGAACUGGAGAAAUUAAAAUGUAGUUACAGACAAUUAAUAAAAGAAGUUAACUCUGCCAAAGAGAAGUAUAAAGAAGCUGUGGCUAAAGGAAAAGACACUGAAAAAGCCAAAGAUCGUUACGAUAAAGCCACUAUGAAACUUCACAUGCUGCAUAAUCAGUAUGUGUUGGCACUGAAGGGAGCACAGUUACAUCAGCACCAGUACUAUGACACUACGCUUCCUCUGUUACUUGAUUCAUUACAGAAGAUGCAAGAAGAAAUGGUUAAAGCACUAAAAGGAAUCCUUGAUGAAUACAGUCAGAUCACCAGUCUUGUAACAGAAGAGAUAGUGAAUGUCCAUAAAGAGAUCCAGACUUCUGUUGAACAGAUAGACCCUAACUCAGAGUACAAUGGCUUCAUAGAAGCUCACAGGUCACCAGAGAAUGUAGAACAAGAAAUAGUGUUUGAUACAUCUUUACUGGAAGAAAAUGAAAAUCUUCAAGCUAACGAGAUCAUGUGGAAUAACUUAACAGCAGAAAGCUUGCAAGGAAUGUUGAAAACAAUAGUAGAAGAAUUGAUUCAGACACAGCAGAUGCUUUUGAACAAAGAGGAGCUUUUGUUGGAAUUAGAAAAGAAAAUAGAAGAAUCUUCUAAGACGUGUGAAAAAAAAUCAGAUAUUGUGCUUUUGCUGAGCCAGAAGCAAGCACUGGAAGAACUCAAGCAAACAGUUCAGCAAUUAAGAUGCACGGAGGCAAAAUUUACAGCCCAGAAAGAACUUCUAGAACAAAAAGUUCAGGAGAAUGAUGGGAAAGAGCCACCUCCAGUAGUAAAUUAUGAAGAAGAUGACAGAUCAGUCACUUCUAUGGAUAAGAAGGAUAAGGUGUCCAGGUUUGAUACUAUUCGUCACUCCAUCGCUGGAAUGAUAAGAUCUCCAAAAUCCAUGCUGGGCUCUUCAUCAUUCUUUGAUGUGAUAUCAACCAGCGAGAAACCUUUGGCUGAGCAAGAUUGGUAUCAUGGUGCAAUUCCACGAAUAGAAGCCCAGGAGCUGUUAAAGCAGCAAGGAGACUUCCUGGUGCGAGAGAGCCACGGGAAACCUGGUGAAUAUGUCCUUUCUGUGUUUUCAGAUGGACAACGGAGACACUUUAUCAUACAAUAUGCUGAUAAUCAGUACCGAUUUGAAGGAACUGGGUUUCCAACUAUUCCUCAGCUUAUAGACCAUCAUUACACAACAAAACAAGUAAUUACUAAGAAAUCAGGUGUAGUUCUGCUGAAUCCUGUUGUUAAGGAUAAGAAGUGGGUUCUCAAUCAUGAAGAUGUCACACUGGGAGAAUUACUGGGCAAAGGGAACUUUGGUGAAGUAUAUAAGGGAACAUUAAAGGAUAAAACUCCUGUUGCUGUAAAAACUUGUAAAGAAGACCUUCCUCAGGAACUGAAAAUAAAAUUUUUAUCAGAGGCCAGAAUACUCAAGCAAUAUGACCAUCCCAAUAUUGUCAAGCUAAUAGGAGUUUGCACUCAAAGGCAGCCUAUUUAUAUAGUUAUGGAACUUAUUCCAGGAGGCGAUUUCCUCUCCUUUUUAAGAAAGAAGAAGGAUGAGCUAAAAACCAAACAGUUAGUGAAAUUUUCAUUAGAUGCUGCUGCUGGUAUGGCGUAUCUCGAGUCUAAAAACUGUAUACACAGUCUUUCUGCUCCUUGCAUCUUCCUGCACCAGCCUCCAACAUGGUUUUAGAACCUACCUCCAGAGACAGGAGAAAACAAGGGAAAGAAUGAAGGGAAGAGAGAGCAUAUGAGACCUCUCUGCAGAGUAGGAAGGAAGAUUUGUGUUCCUCAGUCCAAGCAGUGGAACAGCCUCCAGAAGCACUGAAAGAGAAGAGAGAGCAGCUAAGUGCUCUGAAACGGGCCAAGUAAAUGCCAUUUCAAACGGGCAGGCAAAGAUAAAAGUAAAUUCCUUAACAAGGGGCCUCUGAUGUGAAAUGGGGCUACAGGUCCAAAACAGGGUAGCUGUAGCGAAGAGGUCUAUAUCCCACAGCAGUAGAAAGGAAGAAGAUUAUCUCCACAGGAACAGUGAAAGAUUUUUUUUUAAAUGCUCUAAAGUCAUAGAAGGAGUAUUUCAAAGGCAGUGGAGCUAAUGAAACAGCAGUGGAGCUAGUGAAGAAACUGUUUGGUAUAUAUUUCAUUGAAAAAACCUGAACAGCACCCUACAGAGCAAGAAAGGAAAACAUGAGGAUGUACAUUUCAAUUUCACGAGGCUCAACAAAAAAGCUACUCCCAUCUGACUGUUCUCCCUCUCCCACACAGACACACAAAUAAGAAAACCUGGCAGGUCUCAACAGAAAACUCUGAGGACAAGAAACAAAGCGGAAAUGGCAUGUGGAAAAUUUAGCAAGACUACCCAACAGUCAUGGAAAAUAUGCCCAGCUUAAGGAGCUAAAUGCCAGAAACAUCAGAAAAAAGGAUUUUAUGCAGAGUCUCAAACUUGAUGAAGGUGAUAAUUAGUGAAAAAAAAACCCUGAAAAAGCGAGAAAGAUGUCCACAACAGACAUGGCUACCGAGCUACCAGUUUGAUGGUGGUAAUGCUGAGAAUGAAGUUGUUUCCUCUACCACUACAUCCUACUGAGGAGCAUCUUAAAUUGAUUCAACAGCAAACUUAAGGGAUCUGAAAGCUUGAAGUCGUCUUGUGCUUGUGGCAAAUUAAAGCAAAAUUAGCUUCUUGGGUGGAUGUGAUUUGGAGCACCACCAGCAAAAAUUUCGGUCCCACUCUCAAUUUGAAGAAAUCAAGAUUAGUGGAGACACUGCAGGCUCCAUUGUUUACAUAGUCCAAGAAUCUUACAAGAGCUUUUGAACUCCAAAUCUUAUAAUGGAUUUGAUGAUGUAGAAGACAAUACUUUGCAAAGCAACAGCUUCAUACAUUUGUCUGUCGAAGAACCUUAUUAAUAUAGACGUGCUUAGCUAAACUACAGCAGUCAUAGCCAACCUCUUCAAAAUGACACAUUAACUUUAAUUUUCAUGAAAAUGGACUCCUAGAUUUUCAGCAUAAUCAUACCUUUCUUUUUCUUUUUGCGUAAUUUAAAAGAACCAGCUAUUACAUAGAAAACAUACAAAUUAUGUGUCCUGAUUGUAAGCAUAAAAUAGUCGUAAGUUUUGUAAGUAGGAUCUAUUUCAGAUAUUCAGGGGUAGGAAGACCAAACUUCAGGCAAAAACAUAAGUAUUAGAUCACAUAUAGCCUUUUCUUCAAUUUAAACCCAAAAUAUUUUUAAAGUUCAGGAAUGAUUCAGAUAAAGAGAUUCCUAUGUUAUCAGUCAGCAUUUCAAUCUUCCUUACAGAGAUUGCCACUUUGAUUUGUUUCACUCCCUGCAUUCACCUCAGGUGAAAUCCUUGCCCUGUUGAAGACAAUGGCAAUAUUCCUAUUGCCUUUAAUGAGUCUGGGAUUUCACCCUCCACUCUUGAGGCUCUUUGGGACACUUCUUAUGGAAUUGGCUAUAGGAACCAGAAUCUCUUGAUUUUUGCUUUGCAAUUCUCCUGCCCAUACCAGUCACGGUAGACUCUUAUACAACUUGAAAUACCUCUGUCAGUGUGUAUUUCAUAAUUUAUAAACAAGGCUGCAUAUUUCCUGAGAUGGGGUCUGAUUCUGAUAAUGAACUGAUUUUAAAACUAGUGUAACUUCAUUGACUUCAGAGGAAUUUCUCCUAAUUUACCUCAAUAAGAGAUUAAUAGGCUCAGGCCCAGGGAUGUAUGAAUGUUUCAAACCUCCUACUGGUUGUACAGCUUCAUAGGAAUAAUAUAACGAUGACUUUAAAAGCAAAUUAUAACUGAGUAUUAAUUAUCUUAAAAGAAACUGUUUAUUAUGUAUAGCAACCUGUUAGAAUAUGAUCUAAGAUGAAAACAAAUCUCAUAAAUUGGUAAAGACAGCUGUAGAAGGAAUUGUUGUUGAUGCCCCCGUUUGUAGUUUUCUAUACUAAGGAUCUGUUUUCAAAUAAUUUUUAAUAUUUUUUCUUUAAAAAAAUGUUGGCUGUAGGCUGUGUUCAUAGAAUUUACAAUAUAAGGCCUGAAAUUAUGCUUCUCUGAUUUUUGAACUGAAAAAAAACUUUAUUUCUGUGGGGAGGGCUUUUCCUUGACCUUUCUUCCAUUGGCAGUGAUCAGGUAGUAUAGAUCAGCUUUAUUUUUUUUAACUGAACCCAUAGUGUUGAUUUAGCUGUGGUAGAAAUCGUUUUCCCGCCUCUCUAGUUCUUUUUAUGGUUGUAGGAACAAGUGUUCCAGCUUUGUCUUUGAGCUGUGUUACAUUCUGCAUCAAAUUUGGUGUGUUGGCAUGUAAUGUAGUGCAGACAAGCCUGAUGGGCAGUAUGGGCACAGCACAUUAUUGCCUUGUAUAUGCUUAUUUUGUGCACCAGGAGCCUUGCAUGCAUCACUGGUGGAUAGAUUUAGUUGUAAUAGAAAAUAUGUGGAAAAUUGUUGAAUCUGUGUUUCUUCACAUCUCAGUAUAAAUACGUUAUGAACAUAAAAACAAUGCUUUUAAUUUUUAAAGGGAUGUUUUCUGUAUUUUAAUCUA